AUGCAAGAUACCCAGCUCGCGCCGCGGGCUCAUUCUGACAUACAAUGUUUACACUUUCUUUAUUUUGUGUGUUUCUCUUCGUCUCAUUGCGCUGUCUGGAAAUUGCAGGCACCAUGGACCCCAAAUCUCUUUUCCUUGCGGGCUUGUUGGUCAAACCCUUUCUACUCUACGGCUUACCUUCUCAUGUACAUGUUUGUGUUGACGGGUUUGAUGGAGAAGCUUGAGGGGAUUGAGAAAUGGUGGCGAGGCUGA